GCGGGCUUCGCCCGGGAACAGCGGGCCGAGGUUGGCGCGAUGCUGUUCCCGGGGAGCGUUCGUGGGUACCGGUGAGGAAGGUGAACAAGGAGUUGCCUUCCCGGGCCCCCCUAUGUACGCCUCCCUGGGCUCGGGUGCGGAGGCCGCUUUGCCCGCUUCGGGACCACUCUCUACUCCCGCGUUCUGGAGCUCCGGCGGCGGCAAAGGCUGUGUCCCGCAGGAGAGGAAGCGCCCGGGCGGCGUCCGUGCUUCUGGCCGCGGGGCGGACGUGUGGCAGGUCCAAGGGUAGCCAAGGAUGGCUGCAGCUUCAUAUGAUCAGUUGUUAAAGCAAGUUGAGGCACUGAAGAUGGAGAACUCAAAUCUUCGACAAGAGCUAGAAGAUAAUUCCAAUCAUCUUACAAAACUGGAAACUGAGGCAUCUAAUAUGAAGGAAGUACUUAAACAACUACAAGGAAGUAUUGAAGAUGAAGCUAUGACAUCUUCUGGACAGGUUGAUUUAUUAGAGCGCCUCAAAGAGCUUAACUUAGAUAGCAGUAAUUUUUCUGGAGUAAAACUACGGUCAAAAAUGUCCCUCCGUUCUUAUGGAAGCCGGGAAGGAUCUGUAUCUAGUCGUUCAGGAGAGUGCAGUCCUGUUCCUACGGGUUCAUUUCCAAGAAGAGGGUUUGUAAAUGGAAGCAGAGAAAAUACUGGUUAUUUAGAAGAACUUGAGAAAGAAAGAUCAUUACUUCUUGCUGAUCUUGACAAAGAAGAAAAGGAAAAAGACUGGUAUUAUGCUCAACUUCAGAAUCUCACUAAAAGAAUAGAUAGUCUUCCUUUAACUGAAAAUUUUUCCUUACAAACAGAUAUGACCAGAAGGCAAUUAGAAUAUGAAGCAAGGCAAAUCAGAGUUGCAAUGGAAGAACAAUUAGGAACGUGCCAAGAUAUGGAAAAACGAGCACAGCGAAGAGUAACCAGAAUUCAACAAAUAGAGAAGGACAUACUUCGAAUACGACAGCUUUUACAGUCCCAAGUAACAGAAGCAGAGAGGUCAUCUCAGAGCAAACAUGAACCUGGCUUACAUGAAGCUGAGCGGCAGAAUGAAGGUCAAGGAGUGGCAGAAAUCAACAUGGCAACUUCUGGUAGUGGUCAGGGUUCGACUACACGAAUGGAUCAUGAAACAGCCAGUGUUUUAAGUUCUAGUAGCACACACUCUGCUCCUCGGAGGCUGACAAGUCAUCUGGGAACCAAGGUGGAAAUGGUGUAUUCAUUGUUGUCAAUGCUUGGUACUCAUGAUAAGGAUGAUAUGUCGCGAACUUUGCUAGCUAUGUCUAGCUCCCAAGACAGCUGUAUAUCCAUGCGGCAGUCUGGAUGUCUUCCUCUCCUCAUCCAGCUUUUACAUGGCAAUGACAAAGACUCUGUGUUGUUGGGAAAUUCCCGGGGCAGUAAAGAGGCUCGGGCCAGGGCCAGUGCAGCACUCCACAACAUCAUUCACUCACAGCCUGAUGACAAGAGAGGCAGGCGUGAAAUCCGAGUCCUUCAUCUUUUGGAACAGAUACGAGCUUACUGUGAAACCUGUUGGGAGUGGCAGGAAGCCCAUGAACAAGGCAUGGACCAGGACAAAAAUCCAAUGCCAGCUCCUGUUGAACAUCAAAUCUGUCCUGCUGUGUGUGUUCUAAUGAAACUUUCAUUUGAUGAAGAGCAUAGGCAUGCAAUGAAUGAACUUGGUAGGAAGGCUACCCGGGGCAUUUCAUCACAGGAGCUAGGGCAGGGGCUUUCAGGGGGACUACAGGCCAUUGCAGAAUUAUUGCAAGUGGACUGUGAAAUGUAUGGGCUUACUAAUGACCACUACAGUAUUACAUUAAGACGAUAUGCUGGAAUGGCUUUGACAAACUUGACUUUUGGAGAUGUAGCUAAUAAGGCUACACUAUGCUCUAUGAAAGGCUGCAUGAGAGCACUGGUGGCCCAACUAAAAUCUGAGAGUGAGGACUUACAGCAGGUUAUUGCAAGUGUUUUGAGGAAUUUGUCUUGGAGAGCAGAUGUAAAUAGUAAAAAGACAUUGCGUGAAGUUGGAAGUGUGAAAGCAUUGAUGGAAUGUGCUUUGGAAGUUAAAAAGGAAUCAACCCUCAAAAGCGUAUUGAGUGCCUUAUGGAAUUUGUCAGCACAUUGCACUGAGAAUAAAGCUGAUAUAUGUGCUGUAGAUGGUGCGCUUGCAUUUUUGGUUGGCACUCUAACUUACCGGAGCCAGACAAAUACGUUAGCCAUUAUUGAAAGUGGAGGUGGGAUAUUACGGAAUGUGUCCAGCUUGAUAGCCACAAAUGAGGACCACAGGCAAAUUCUAAGAGAGAAUAAUUGCCUGCAGACCUUAUUACAACACUUAAAAUCUCACAGUUUGACAAUAGUCAGUAAUGCAUGUGGAACCUUGUGGAAUCUCUCAGCAAGAAACCCUAAAGACCAGGAAGCAUUAUGGGACAUGGGGGCAGUCAGCAUGCUCAAGAACCUCAUUCACUCAAAGCACAAAAUGAUUGCUAUGGGAAGUGCCGCAGCUUUGAGGAAUCUCAUGGCAAAUAGACCUGCAAAGUACAAGGAUGCCAAUAUUAUGUCUCCUGGUUCAAGCUUGCCAUCUCUUCAUGUCAGGAAACAAAAAGCUCUGGAAGCAGAAUUAGAUGCUCAGCACUUAUCAGAAACUUUUGACAAUAUUGACAAUUUAAGCCCCAAGACAUCUCAUCGUAGUAAGCAAAGACACAAGCAAAGUCUUUAUGGUGACUAUGUGUUUGACACCAAUCGACAUGAUGAGAAUAGGUCAGACAAUUUUAAUACUGGAAACAUGACUGUCCUUUCACCAUAUUUAAAUACUACAGUGUUGCCUAGCUCAUCAUCAAGGGGAAGUUUAGAUAGUUCUCGUUCUGAAAAAGAUAGAAGUUUGGAGAGAGAACGUGGAAUUAGCCUAAGCAACUACCACCCAACAACAGAAAAUCCAGGAACCUCUUCAAAGCGAGGCUUGCAGAUUUCCACUACUGCAGCCCAGAUUGCUAAAGUCAUGGAAGAGGUAUCAGCCAUUCACACGUCUCAGGAAGACAGAAGUUCCGGGUCUACUACUGAAUUACAUUGUGGGACAGAUGAGAGGAAUGCACUAAGAAGAAGCUCUACUGCUCACACACAUUCAAACACUUACAACUUCACUAAGUCAGAAAAUUCAAACAGGACAUGUCCUAUGCCUUAUGCCAAACUGGAAUAUAAGAGAUCUUCAAAUGAUAGUUUAAAUAGUGUCAGUAGUAGUGAUGGUUAUGGUAAAAGAGGUCAAAUGAAACCUUCGAUUGAAUCUUAUUCUGAAGAUGAUGAAAGCAAAUGUUGCAGCUAUGGUCAAUAUCCAGCUGACCUAGCCCAUAAAAUACAUAGUGCAAAUCAUAUGGAUGAUAAUGAUGGAGAAUUAGAUACACCAAUAAAUUAUAGUCUUAAAUAUUCAGAUGAGCAGUUGAACUCUGGAAGGCAAAGCCCUUCACAGAAUGAAAGAUGGGCAAGACCCAAACAUAUAAUAGAAGAUGAAAUGAAACACAGUGAACAAAGACAAUCACGGAAUCAAAGCACAACUUAUCCCGUAUAUACUGAGAGCAAUGAUGAUAAACACCUCAAAUUCCAGCCACAUUUUGGACAGCAAGAAUGUGUUUCCCCAUAUAGGUCAAGAGGAGCCAGUAGUUCAGAUACAAAUCAUGGAAUUAAUCAAAAUGUAAACCAGUCUUUGUGUCAAGCAGAUGACUAUGAGGAUGAUAAGCCAACCAACUAUAGUGAACGUUACUCUGAGGAAGAGCAGCAUGAAGAAGAAGAGAGACCAACAAACUAUAGCAUAAAAUAUAAUGAAGAAAAACAUGUGGAUCAGCCUAUUGAUUAUAGUUUAAAAUAUUCCACAGACAUUCCUUCCUCACAGAAACCAUCAUUUUCAUUCUCAAAGAGUUCAUCUGGACAAAGCAGUAAAACUGAACAUAUCUCUACAAGCAGUGAGAAUGCAUCCACACCUUCAUCUAAUGCCAAGAGGCAGAAUCAGCUCCAUCCAAGUUCAGCACAAAGCAGAAGUGGUCAGACUCAAAAAGCCACCUCUUGCAAAGUUCCAUCUAUCAACCAAGAGACAAUACAGACUUACUGUGUAGAAGAUACCCCAAUAUGUUUUUCAAGGUGCAGUUCAUUGUCAUCUUUGUCAUCAGCUGAAGAUGAAAUAGGAUGUGAUCAGAGGACACAGGAAACGGAUUCUGCUAAUACACGAAAGAUGGCAGAAAUAAAAGAAAAAAGUGGAACUAGAUCUGCUGAAGGUUCUGUGAGUGAAGUUCCAACAGUGUCACAGCACAUUAGAAGCAAAUCCAGCAGACUCCCAGCUUCUGGUUUAUCUUCAGAAUCAGCCAGGCACAAAGCUGUUGAACUUUCUUCAGGGGCCAAAUCUCCAUCAAAAAGUGGUGCCCAGACACCUAAAAGUCCACCAGAGCAUUAUGUUCAGGAGACUCCACUCAUGUUUAGCAGAUGUACUUCUGUCAGUUCACUUGAUAGUUUUGAGAGUCGUUCAAUUGCCAGCUCUGUUCAGAGUGAACCCUGCAGUGGGAUGGUAAGUGGCAUUAUAAGCCCCAGUGAUCUUCCAGAUAGCCCUGGACAAACCAUGCCACCAAGCAGAAGUAAAACCCCUCCUCCACCUCCUCCACCUCCUCCCCCUCCUCCUCCUCCUCCCCCUCCUCCUCCUCCUCAAGCAGUUCAAGCUAAACAAGAAGUACCUAAAAAAGUACCUAAUGCUGAAAAGAGAGAAAGUGGACCUAAGCAAGCUGCUGUAAAUGCUGCAGUUCAGAGGGUCCAGGUUCUUCCAGAUACUGAUACUUUACUACAUUUUGCCACAGAAAGUACUCCAGAUGGAUUUUCUUGUUCAUCUAGCCUGAGUGCUCUGAGCCUUGAUGAGCCAUUUAUACAGAAAGAUGUGGAAUUAAGAAUAAUGCCUCCAGUUCAGGAAAAUGACAAUGCAAAUGAAACAGAAUCUGAGCAGCCUGAAGAAUCAGAUGAAAACCAGGAAAAAGAGGCAGAAAAACCUACUGGUUCUGAAAAAGAUCUGUUAGAUGAUUCCGAUGAUGAUGAUAUUGAAAUACUAGAAGAAUGUAUUAUUUCUGCCAUGCCAACAAAGUCUUCACGCAAAGCCAAAAAGCCAGCCCAGAGUGCUUCAAAAUUACCUCCACCUGUAGCAAGAAAACCAAGCCAACUGCCUGUGUACAAGCUUCUGCCAUCACAAAACAGGAUACAAGCACAAAAGCAUGUUAGUUUUACACCAGGAGAUGAUAUGCCACGAGUGUAUUGUGUAGAAGGGACACCUAUAAACUUUUCCACAGCUACAUCUCUAAGUGAUCUAACAAUAGAAUCCCCUCCAAAUGAGUUAUCUGCUGGAGAAGGGAUUAGAGCAGGGGCACAGACAGGUGAAUUUGAAAAACGAGAUACCAUUCCUACAGAAGGCAGAAGUACGGAUGAAGCUCAAAGAGGAAAAACCUCAUCUAUAACUGCACCUGAACUGGAUGACAGUAAAACAGAAGAAGGUGAUAUUCUUGCAGAAUGCAUUAAUUCUGCUAUGCCCAAAGGGAAAAGUCACAAGCCUUUCCGUGUCAAAAAGAUAAUGGACCAGGUUCAACAAGCUUCUAUGUCUUCAUCUGGAACUAGCAAGAAUCAGUUAGAUGGUCAGAAGAAGAAACCUACUUCACCAGUAAAACCUAUGCCACAAAAUACUGAAUAUAGGACACGUGUAAAAAAAAAUACAGAUUCAAAAAAUAAUAUAAAUGCUGAAAGAACCUUUUCAGAAAAUAAAGAUUCAAAGAAACAGAACUUGAAAAAUAAUUCCAAGGACCUCAAUGAUAAGCUGCCAAACAAUGAAGAUCGAGUCAGAGGAAGUUUUACUUUUGAUUCACCUCAUCAUUACACGCCUAUUGAAGGAACUCCAUACUGUUUUUCACGAAAUGAUUCUUUGAGUUCUCUAGAUUUUGAUGAUGAUGAUGAUGUUGACCUUUCCAGGGAAAAGGCUGAAUUAAGAAAGGGGAAAGACAAUAAGGAAUCAGAAGCUAAAGUUACCAGUCACACAGAACUAACCUCCAGUCAACAAUCAGGUAAUAAGAUACAAACUGUUACAAAGCAUCCAAUAAACCGAGGACAGUCCAAUAAGCUGCAGAAGCAGUCCACUUUCCCCCAGUCAUCCAAAGACAUACCAGACAGAGGGGCAGCAACUGAUGAAAAAUUACAGAAUUUUGCUAUUGAAAAUACUCCAGUUUGCUUUUCUCAAAAUUCCUCUCUAAGUUCUCUUAGUGACAUUGAUCAAGAGAACAACAACAACAAAGAAAAUGAACCUAUCAAAGAAACAGAGCCCCUUGACUCACAGAGAGAACCAAGUAAACCCCAGGCUUCAGGUUAUGCUCCUAAAUCAUUUCAUGUUGAAGAUACCCCUGUUUGUUUCUCAAGAAACAGUUCUCUCAGUUCUCUCAGUAUUGACUCUGAAGAUGACCUGUUGCAGGAGUGUAUAAGUUCUGCAAUGCCAAAAAAGAAAAAGCCUUCAAGGCUCAAGGCUGAUAAUGAAAAGCAUAGCCCCAGAAAUAUGGGUGGCAUAUUAGCAGAAGAUUUAACACUUGAUUUAAAAGAUAUACAGAGACCAGAUUCAGAACAUGGUUUAUCCCCUGAUUCAGAAAAUUUUGAUUGGAAAGCAAUUCAGGAAGGUGCAAAUUCCAUUGUAAGUAGUUUACAUCAAGCUGCUGCUGCUGCAUGUUUAUCUAGGCAAGCUUCAUCCGAUUCAGAUUCCAUCCUUUCACUGAAAUCAGGAAUCUCUCUGGGGUCACCAUUUCAUCUUACACCUGAUCAAGAAGAAAAACCCUUUACAAGUAAUAAAGGUCCACGAAUUCUGAAACCUGGGGAGAAAAGUACAUUGGAUGCUAAAAAGAUAGAAUCUGAAAAUAAAGGAAUCAAAGGAGGGAAAAAAGUUUAUAAGAGUUUGAUUACUGGAAAAGUUCGAUCUAAUUCAGAGGUUUCAAGCCAAUUGAAACAGCCCCUUCAAGCUAAUAUGCCUUCAAUCUCUCGAGGUAGGACAAUGAUUCACAUUCCAGGAGUUCGAAAUAGCUCUUCAAGUACAAGUCCAGUUUCUAAAAAAGGCCCAUGCCUUAAGACUCCAGCCUCCAAAAGUCCUAGUGAAGGUCAGACAGCCACCACUUCUCCUAGAGGAGCCAAGCCAUCAGUGAAGUCAGAAUUAAGCCCUGUUACCAGGCAGACAUCCCAACAGGCUGGGUCAAAUAAAGGGCCAUCUAGAUCAGGAUCUAGAGAUUCCACUCCUUCAAGACCUACCCAGCAACCAUUAAGUAGACCUAUGCAGUCUCCAGGGCGAAAUUCUAUUUCUCCUGGUAGAAAUGGAAUAAGUCCUCCUAACAAAUUAUCUCAACUGCCAAGGACAUCAUCCCCUAGUACUGCUUCAACGAAGUCCUCGGGUUCUGGAAAAAUGUCGUACACAUCUCCAGGCAGACAGAUGAGUCAGCAGAACCUUACAAAGCAAACAGGUUUAUCCAAGAAUGGCAGUAGUAUCCCAAGAAGUGAGUCUGCCUCCAAAGGACUAAAUCAAAUGAACAAUAGCAAUGGAUCCAAUAAAAAAGUAGAACUUUCUAGAAUGUCUUCAACUAAAUCAAGUGGAAGUGAAUCUGAUAGGUCAGAGAGACCUGUAUUAGUACGCCAGUCAACUUUCAUCAAAGAAGCUCCCAGCCCAACCCUAAGGAGAAAAUUGGAGGAAUCUGCUUCAUUUGAAUCUCUUUCUCCAUCUUCUAGACCAGAUUCUCCCACUAGGUCCCAGGCACAAACUCCAGUUUUAAGUCCUUCCCUUCCUGAUAUGUCUCUAUCUACACAUUCGUCUGUUCAGUCUGGUGGGUGGCGAAAACUUCCCCCUAAUCUCAGUCCCACCAUAGAGUAUAAUGAUGGAAGACCAGCAAAGCGCCAUGAUAUAGCACGCUCCCAUUCUGAAAGUCCUUCCAGACUUCCAAUCAAUCGGUCAGGAACCUGGAAACGUGAGCACAGCAAACAUUCAUCAUCCCUUCCUCGAGUAAGCACUUGGAGAAGAACUGGAAGUUCAUCUUCAAUUCUUUCUGCUUCAUCAGAAUCCAGUGAGAAAGCAAAAAGUGAGGAUGAAAAACAUGUGAACUGUAUUUCGGGAACCAAACAAACUAAAGAAAACCAAGUAUCUACAAAAGGAACAUGGAGAAAAAUAAAAGAAAGUGAAAUUUCUCCCACAAAUUGUACUUCUCAGAUUGCUUCCUCAGGUGCUGCAAAUGGUGCUGAAUCAAAGACUCUAAUUUAUCAAAUGGCACCUGCUGUUUCGAAAACAGAGGACGUUUGGGUGAGAAUUGAGGACUGUCCCAUUAACAACCCUAGAUCCGGAAGAUCUCCCACAGGAAAUACUCCCCCAGUGAUUGACAGCAUUUCAGAAAAGGGAAAUCCAAAUGGUAAAGAUUCGAAAGAUAAUCAGGGAAAACAAAAUGUGGGGAAUGGCAGUGGUCCCAUACGCACUAUGGGUUUAGAAAACCGCCUGAACUCCUUUAUGCAGGUAGAUGCCCCAGACCAAAAAGGAACUGAGGCAAAGCCGGGACAAAGUAAUCCUGUCCCUGCAUCAGAGACCAAUGAAAGUUCUAUAGCUGAGCGUACCCCAUUCGGUUCUAGCAGCUCAAGCAAACACAGUUCACCUAGUGGGACUGUUGCUGCCAGAGUGACUCCUUUUAAUUACAACCCAAGCCCUAGGAAAAGCAGUGCAGACGGCACUUCAGCCCGGCCAUCUCAGAUUCCCACGCCAGUGAAUAACAACACAAAAAAACGAGAUUCAAAAACUGACAACACAGAAUCCAGUGGAACUCAAAGUCCUAAGCGCCAUUCUGGGUCUUACCUUGUGACCUCUGUUUAAAAGAGCUGAAUUAAUGAAGCUAAGAAAAGUAUGUGUUAAUUACAACUGCUAUGUAGAAAUUUUGUUUCAAAUGAAACUUUAAAAGACUGAAAAAUUUUGUAAAUAGGUUUGAUUCUUGUUAGAAGGUUUUGGUUCUGGAAGCCAUAUUUGAUAGUAUACUUUGUCUUCACUGGUCAUAUUUUGGGAGCCACUCUUGAUAGUUAGGAAGAAAAUGGUAAAGCCGAGUAUAUUUGUACAGUAUGUUUUACAUGUAUUUAAGUAGCAUCCCAUCAUCAUUUAAUUAUUGCUUGUCUUAAAAUAAUGAAAACUACAGAUAGAAGAUAUGCUAUAUUGCUGUUAUCAAUCAUUUCUAGAUUAUAAACUGACUAAACUUACAUCAGGGAGAAAUUGGUAUUUAUGCAAAAAAAAA